AUGGCGGAAGAAGAGAAUUCACUUGAAUAUACACCCACAUGGGUCGUAGCAGGCGUGGAAUAUAUUGCUGUAGAGAAACCCGCAGGAGCUUGCACGAACAUCCUUUUCUCAUCAGGAACCACCGGUGAGCCAAAGGCUAUCCCAUGGACGAACAUUUCUCCUCUGAAAUCUGCUGCCGAUGCUUGGUGCCAUAUGGAUGUUCAUCAAGGAGAUGUUGUUGCUUGGCCGACCAACCUUGGGUGGAUGAUGGGUCCGUGGCUCGUUUAUGCUUCCUUGAUAAAUGGGGCUUGCAUAGCAUUGUACAACAGUUCACCUCUUGGUCCUGCCUUUGCCAAAUUUGUGCAGGAUGCUGAGGUAACAAUGCUAGGUGUGAUACCAAGCAUUGUUCGGACAUGGCAACACUCAAACUCGACUUCUGGCUAUGAUUGGUCACGAAUCCGCUGUUUUGGUUCCACUGGUGAAGCUUCGAAUGUAGACGAGUAUCUAUGGCUGAUGAGCAGGGCUCAUUACAAACCUGUGAUCGAGUAUUGUGGCGGAACUGAGAUUGGAGGUAGUUUUGUCACUGGUUCUUUGCUCCAGCCUCAGUCUCUGGCUGCUUUUAGCACUCGUGCCAUGGGUUGCAAGCUUUUCAUUCUCGGUGAAGAUGGCAAUCCUCUUCCUCCAGACGCAGAAGGAGUAGGAGAAUUGGCUCUUUCUCCUCACGUGUUUGGAGCUUCGAGCAGUCUCCUGAAUGGAAAUCACUACAACGUUUACUUCAAAGGAAUGCCCACCUUCCAAGGACAGGUUUUAAGAAGACACGGAGAUUUAUUUGAACGGACUUCAAAAGGAUACUACCGUGCUCACGGACGUGCUGAUGACACGAUGAAUCUUGGUGGUAUAAAGGUCGGUUCUAUUGAGAUCGAACGAGUGUGUAACUCCGUUGAUGAGAGCGUCCUGGAAACAGCAGCGAUCGGUGUUCCACCUCCCACUGGAGGUCCUGAGCAGCUAGUAAUUGCUGUUGUGUUCAAGGACCCAGAGUCACGGAACCAUAACUUGAACCUCAUGAAGAAGUCCUUCAACUCUGAGAUACAAAAGAAACUUAAUCCAUUGUUCAAGGUGUCAUCUGUUGUGACUCUGCCUUCCUUACCUAGGACGGCCACAAAUAAGGUUAUGAGAAGAGUUCUAAGACAACGGCUUACUCAGACUGGUCUAAACUCCAAGCUAUGAGAGACUAUUGUUUGCCAUUAACACACAAAACAUUUGGUCUUUUGUUGUAUCAAUCUACAUCCAUGUCUACAUCAAUAAAUGAUUUCUCAAUUCACAUACAGCAUGUGGAAUUGGUCUUCUGUGAGUGUAUCAAGAGAUCCAUAAAUGUAGAGCCAUCCUUGAUGUGAAUAAUGUACUUGUCCUGUAAUGUAACGUAAUUUGUCAAUUAUUGGUGUUCUGGUGACCAA